AUGGAGGAGUACCCUGCAAAACAAGGCACCGAAAACCUCGACGACCCUCCUAAUAGCAGACUUUUCGUGGUCACCAGUCGGUCAGUAACCGAGGAUGAGCUCAGGGACAGUUUCUCCGUGUUUGGGGACAUUCAGGGGGUCUGGGUGGUCAAAGAUAAGCAGACAAAGGAGUCCAAAGGUAUCUGCUAUGUGAAGUUCUCCAAGUCCUCGCAGGCCUGUCUGGCCAUGGAGGAGAUGCAUGGCAAAGUGUUGGUGGACGGUACUAAACCCAUUAAGGUGUUCAUCGCUCAGUCCCGAUCUUCUACGAGACACAGAGACGUAGAGGAUGAAGAGCUGACCAGGAUCUUCGUUAUGAUCCCUAAAACGUUCUCAGAGGAGGAUCUCAAAGACACGUUCAAAGAGUACGGAGAUAUUGAAUAUUGUGUCAUCAUCAAGAAUAAGUUCACAGGAGAAAGUAAAGGUCUGGGUUACGUGAGAUACUACAAACCCUCCCAAGCUGCCGUCGCCAUAGAGAACUGUGACAAAACUUACAGAGCGAUUCUGGCUGAACCUCGAACCAAGGCUGCAACCACAGAGGAGUAUCCUUCAGGAGGAACGGCGAGAGGCGGAGAAUACAUGAACGCUGGAGACGCCAUGAACCAGUACGCCUUCCCCAUGGGGACGCAGCUGACCGGUGGCAGCAACGUACAAAGAAGUGCAGCAAUGCUUCACCAAGGGCAGGAAAGAAGACAGCUAGCAACUGACCCUGGGAACUACCCGGUCAUGGACUACCGCUCCGGUGACUUCACGCGCUGCCUGAUGAUGUCGACACGGGCCGCUCUUACCCAAGAGCAAAUCUUUGCUCUGUUUGACCUCAUUCCUGGCAUGGAGUACUGCGAGCUGCAGAGAGACGCUUACGGCAUGAGCAAAGGUCACGCUUUGAUCCGCUACAGUAACCUCGGAUCAGCUGUUUACGCCAAAGAUAAGCUCAACGGGUUCGAAUACCCACCAGGAAACAGACUGGGUGUGAACUUUGUCGACGAUGGAGAAGAUCGCAGCAGUCCUGUAGGUCGAAUGGCGAUGCAGUUCGUAGCGGCCCAGAUGAUGUCAGCAGUGUGGAACGGACCGUCGACCAGCCAAGUGAUGAAACCUCCUGGCUACCCCCCACCCGUCUCCCAGAUGUCUCGGGUUCAGACGGACGUGAACCUUCCUCCUCUGAAGAAACUCGCUCCGCCCGACAGCAAAUCAAAGGAGCGCCUGUUUGUAGUGUUCAGCCCUUCUCCGCUGCCUAUGGAUGUGCUGGAGGAUGUUUUCUGUCGCUACGGCUCGCUCAUCGAGGUUCAUUUGGUUCCUGGGAGGAAAGUUGGAUACAUGAAGUAUGCUGACAAACAGUGUGCAGAUGAUGCCUUGGCGGCGCUGCACGGUCGCAUUGUGAACGGAGUAAAAAUGAAGGUGAUGCUGGCCGAUCCUCCCAGAGAGGAAUCCCACAAACGUCCUCGGACCUACUGAACAACAUGUGAAGGAAAUGACUGGCGACUGUUGUCAUGACACAAUGACACCUGACCUGACCCGACCGACCGACAUCAAGACCUUCUGACACACGACCUUUUAUGACAACAACUGUCUGACGUUGCUGUGACCCCAAACCCCCCCACCCAACCCCAACACAUACACACACACACACACACACACACACACACACACACACACACACACAUUGAUUUUUAUUUUAACAUGUGCACUGUAGCAUCACCACUACUGAAACUGAAGCCUUAUUAUAUUCAGUCUGUGAACAGGAAGUGCAUAUUGUGUGUAGUUUGUGGUCAGUUAGUCGAAUUAAAACGCUUUUAUUUUGAAGUUUAAAGGUACAUAAUUUCAAUUUCGACACUUUUAUUGGUUCUUGUGAGCCGAACAAACGGUUGUACAUCCGCUGUAGUCUCAACACGUGAUUUAACAGACUACUAAGUGAAAUAUUUUAAGUUUUAAACAUAUCACGUUACACAUAGUUUAAGUUUUUUGGUUGGAAGCAUUUUCAUCUUUAGAGAGACGCUUUAGAUAUUUACAUUUAUGCAGUUCAAUCUAUACUUCUUCUUUUUUUUUAAUUUGUUUUAUUUAGUUUGACUUUGCUCUUUUUCUCUCAAUGCCAUGCCUUUUUUUUUUUGUAUUCUAAUGUUUAGCUCAGUUUGAAGGUGUUUAUCUGACUGACUGUGAGCUUUUGUUUCAGAAUAAAAUAAAAGAAUUGAUUAAA